AUGGCCUUCGUGCCUCGUAUCGGCCUCGGCGUGUACCAACUACGGGGGGAAGACUGCUUCCGAGCAUGCGUGGCGGCCCUGGAGGCCAGAUACCGACACAUCGACACGGCGCAGCUCUACGGCAAUGAGGCGGAGGUGGGCCGGGUCACCAAGAAGUACCUGCUGCAGCAACAGCAGUCACAAACCAAUGAGACGGCGCCCGCAAAGCGAGGACAUAUUCUGGACGAGACGACCAAGAUGGGUCGCACGGACGGCGGCGCGGAGAAGACGUACCGCAGCGCGCCGCGCAGCGUGUGGCGGGUCGCCGGCGAUGACGGGGACAGGGACAGGGACGGGUACUAUGUCGAUUUGUUACUCGUCCACAGGCCCGUCGAGAAGCUUAGGGAGCUCUGGGCAGCGCUGGAGAGGCUGCGGUCCGAGGGGAAGGUUAAGGCGGUCGGGGUGAGCAACUUCGGGAUCGAGGCGCUGGAGGAGAUGAGGGCGUACGCGGGGUUCAUUGACAGGUGGACACAGCUCCAUCCGUGGUGUCAGCAGCGACGGCUCGUCGACUACUGCCGCGCACACAGCAUCGUCGUGCAGGCGGACAGUCCGCUGGCGCGCGGGGAGCGGAUGGCAAAUCCGACGGGCGGGGCGGGGUACCACUACCACCACCACCCCCGACGACCGGCUGCAAACCGGGCGGCGCGAAGACGGAGACGGAGCCGGAGGCAGAAGUCGAAGGGAAGGGAAGGGACGGCGACCGUGACAGCGGCGCAGGUGCUGGUACGCUGGUCUCUGCAGAAGGGCUUCGUGCCGUUGCCCAAGAGCGACGGGGCGGCGAGGAUCCGGGACAACGUCGACGUGUGGUGGUUCGAGCUGGACGGAGAGGAGAUGGCGAUGCUGGAUGGGCUGGACAGGGGGGCUGAGGGGGCUUUGUUUCCGGCGAAUGUGGGCUGA